CAAGCUUGAAAGUGACUCGAUCUUUCUCCUGCCUCUUUCCCCCAAGAUGAAUCAGACCCGACGUGCGAGACUUUCUCUCGCUGCCCUCAUUCCAACCCUUCUGGUUCGGGCCAACGCAGCUCUCUACGACACCGUCGUCGACACCCAGUAUGGCAAGUUGCAGGGCUAUCCCGCCUUUACCAGCGAGCCGGCUGGCAACUUGACCCAUUGGAAGGACAUCGCCGUCUGGAAGAACAUCCCCUUUGCUGCCACCACCGGCGGCCAGAACCGUUGGAAGGCUCCCCAGCCAGCCAGUGGAUGGAACGGCACGCGCGACGCAAAGUCCUUCGGCAAUGUCUGCCCCUCAGCUACCUCGGGCGACAAUGAUUACACGAUCGACGAGGACUGCUUGAACCUGAACAUCUGGAGUCCCGCCAACUCGACCGACGCCAAGCUCCCGGUUGUCAUGUGGAGCUACCCGGCUUUGUCGACGGCUGCCGACGCUCUGUUCGACGGUGGCGGCAUAGCUGAUCAGGGUAUCGUCUUCGUCAACUACAACUACCGUACCGGAUCUUUUGGCUGGCUGUCCCACCCGGAGCUGUCACAGGAGUUCGAAGCCGUGACGGGAUCCAACAGCUCCGGUAACUGGGGUAUGCUCGACCAGUUUGCCGCCUUGAAGUGGAUUCACGAGAACAUCGCCGACUUCGGUGGUGAUCCCGAGCACAUCACCGUGAUGGGCCAGUCUGCCGGGUCUGCUGCCACCCAGCACAUCGUCAACAGCCCCUUGACCCAGGGCCUGAUUGUCGGGGGAAUCAUCGAGAGUGGGGUACGCGACCCGCACGAUCCCCUCUGCACCAGCCUUGCCGAGAACUACAAGACGCUGGACUACAACCUCGACCAGGGAAUUCGCUUCCUUGAGAACUUCAACGUCAGCUCCAUCGCCGAGCUGCGGGAGCUGCCCAUGAACGACCUGAUCGUCUCCGGUGGCACCUUCGGCAGCGACAGCGAAUGGGACUUCACCGCCACGCUGGACUACUACGCCAUCCCAGACACCUACCUCAACACGCUGCUGAAGGGUCUUGCGCAGGAUGUGCCCCUGCUCACCGGUAACACCAAGGACGAGAGCGGCGCAACCUACGGUCUGAACAUCACCGUCGCCGAAUUCAUGGAAGGAAUGGCCGAGACCUUCAGCGAGCCCUGGCUGGCCCGGUUCCUGGAGCAGUACAACGGCAACACCUCCGUCACUGCGUCGGCCGCCUACAACGCCCAAUGGACCGAUCGCUCCAAGGUCGGCACCUGGCUGUGGGCCUCCCUGUGGGCCACCGCCAAAGCCAGCCCCGUCUACACCUACAUCUGGGACCAUGCUCCUCCGGGCCAGGACCAGGGCGCCUACCACGAGUCCGAGAUCAACUACGUCCUCAACAACCUGUACGGUACCGAUAUGCCCUGGACUGCCUUGGACUACGCCAUUGCACGCAAGAUGAACACCUACUGGGCCAACUUCAUCAAGACCGGUAACCCCAACACUGAGUCUUUGGCCGCGUGGCCUGCUGCCGACACCAACGGCACUGUCCAGCAUGUGGGUAACGGCUGGGGUCAGAUUCCUCUGACCUCUGAGGCGAAGAUCGAGUUGUUUGAGGCUUGGUUUGAUACUUUGGUCGCGUAUUAG